GAUCCCUACCUUUACACUUCUGGCCGCUGGCUCAACAAUGACAAGCUGCACCGCGAAGCGCGUUGCGUGAGAUUCGACUUUGCUGCACUCUGCGCAAAAGCUGUGAACGUAUGUCCUGGCGCGACAAAAGUAGUCCAAUAUGAGAAGAGAGAGGGAGGCUUUAAUAGAGCUUUCCUCAUGACCUUGGAUAAUGGAGCUCGCGUUGUCGCACGGGUGCCCUAUCGUAUUGCUGAUCCACGACGACUGACCACAAAUUCCGAAGUGGCGACUAUGACUUAUAGUAUGGCAAACAAAUGCUUACGAUCAUCCACGAAGAUACCUGUCCCCAAAGUCCUUGACUGGUCCGACGAUGACACCUCCAUCGGCACCGAGUAUAUCAUCAUGGAGCAAGCUCGCGGAGUUCAGCUACACAAGGCAUGGCCUUCAAUGACUCCACAUCAACACAUGUUGUGCGUUAAGAAUGUAGCUUUCAUGAUAAACGAAAUGGCAAAGCUUCAAUUUCCGCAAUAUGGAAGUCUGUACUUUGCUAACGCGCCUAUCGAUCCAGAGUCGAAGUUUGAUUUUGUGGAAGGCUACUGCAUAGGGCCACAUUGCGGUGCAAAGUACUGGGACUGCAACGCUGGAGAAUCUAGAUUUUAUGGUGAAAGAGCGCCCAACCAGGGACCCUGGAGCGAUGCCGCGUCAUACUGUUCUGGCUUAAUCGACGCUGGAUUUUCACGCUUACCGAACAACGGUGAACACCGAACAGAGCUCUCGUAUCGCGGCUCUGUCCAGGAGCACCGCCGUCUGUUGGACAUUACCAGCAGAGUCAUUCAGGAAUUGACUCAGAGCCCCAUUAUACAACAUGUAGCUGGUCCAUCAUUAUUUCACCCCGACAUCCACAAGCGAAACAUCUACGUCUCCGAGAAAGAUCCGUCAUGCGUUACCGCAAUUAUCGACUGGCAAUCCACCAGUAUAGAACCAACAUUCAUCUAUGCAAACGAUACACCUGAUCUAGUCGAGGAUGCUACUGCCGACAUAGCAAUUUUGAAAAAUUUAAUUCCUUCAGAAGGCAAAUUAUCUCAAACAAUAUUUCAGGAAGAAGUAAUAGUGGACAAUGCAGAAGACAUGGCAAGAAAAAGAAGAGAGAAGGACGUCUUGACGUGCAGGAAGACUUUUGAAAUUGUGCUGCGGGGCUAUGUGCGAAAACUCCACGACGCGAGGGUCAUGGAUCAAACUUUGCUCAGGCCGUUCCAAUACUGCGACGCGUCCUGGAAGAAUAGCGCUGCCGCUUUGCGACAAGAACUUAUUGAUCUCUCACAGCAUUGGACUGCCCUUGGGCUUACCGGUCGUUGUCCGUACGAACCAACGCCAAAUGAGCUAGCCGAACACAAGAAGCAGUAUGAAGACUUUGAAACCGCGCAACACCUGAAAUUGUUUCUUAAACGUGUUCUGGAGGCAGACUCGGAUGGAUGGGUUCCUGCUGAUAAAUGGGUUUCUGCAAAAGAAGAAAAUACGAGGUUGUUCAAUGAAUGGACUGAGAGCAUCAAGGAGUCGGGUGCUAGUGUAGAGCGGGCAAGGGCCCUCUGGCCAUUUGGUGAGGUUGGCAGUCCGUAG